AUGAAUCGAUUUGAAGGAGGUUUGAACCUGGAUCUUCAAGAAAGGCUUGCUGCAAAUAUGAGUAAGUCUUAUCAAGAGCUAUAUGACCGGGCUAUCAAUGUUGAAAGGAAAAUGAAGCUGCGAAAGGAAGUGUAUGAGGGUGGAAAAAGAAAAGCUAAAUCUCAUGAAAGCCACUCCAACAACAACUUCAACAAAAAGCCAAACACGGGAUAUUCGGGAAACGAUCAGAAGCAAAUUCCUCGAUGCAACAAAUGCGGAAGACAAGGCCACAUGACGAAUGAAUGUCGUAGGGGAAGUGAUCAGUGUUAUCGAUGUGGUAAACCAGGUCAUAUGAUUAAAAAUUGUCCAAUUCCAGAUUGGCGAAGUGGAAAUGUUGCGAAUCGUGGUCAAAGAAACGGCCAGAUGUCUGGCUAUGGUGGAAAUGCAGGCAACGCAAAUAAGAACCCUCCACGUGGACCCCCGCAGGCUGGAAGAGUCUUUAUGAUGCAGCGUGAUGAAGCAGAGGCAGAUGAUACUGUCAUUACUGGUACUUUUCCUGUCAACUCUGUACCUGCUUAUGUCCUUUUCGAUUCUGGAGCUUCCCAUUCGUUUAUAUCUAGUGCAUUUUCUAGAAGCUUGAAUGCAAAACCAUGCUCUGAAUUCUCUGCCAUGUCGGCACCAUCCCUAAUGGUGAAUCCAUCUUAUGUGAUGUCAUGUAUAGAAAUUGUCCUAUUCUUAUAG